UCUGGUACACCUGGGCGGUUUCAAGAUGCCAUCCAGCAUGAAGACUCAACCUCCAGACAGGUUUCCCUGUCCACAAUGUUCGAGCAUCUUCAGUCGGAAGAACAAUCUUUAUUCGCACUUGAAGUAUGAAUGUGGGAAGCUGCCGCGAUUUCGCUGUCCUUAUUGUCUAUAUGCUUCGAAGAAAGCGUCCAACAUUCGCGCCCAUAUACGCAGGAAGCACAACGGCUCCGAAGUCGACGUGAUCUACGUCUAAUUUCUCUAAUGCCGUCACCGAAGAAAAAUUUCGCUGUCUGUCGAAUCACAAGACUCUUUUAUGUGUAACAUCUAAAAUUAACUAAUAUUGAAUGUCAGAUCUGAUAUAGAAUAACACACAUUUGUUAAUUCAUUGAUAGUCUUUAAUUUCUAUGUUUCUUCUUAGUUUCGCCACACGGACGCGAUAUACGUAUAUCCAUCCAUCGUUCUUCAGAAUAAAGCCACAAUGAAGUAUACUCAUGUCAUUUCGAUUAUUGUCGCUUGCUCUUAUUACUUCUCCAGGAAGAAUAUAGCGUUCCUGAUCGCCUCUCCUCCGUCCAAUCAUCAACAAUGUCUUUGCGCAUGAAGACAACACCCUCACUUAUCACGUUAUGAUUAUUUGUGAAGAAGGCUUGAGUUUCUGUACGUUAGCCGCAAUACCACCUGGUAAUACGCGGAGCUACGUUCUCCAUUCAUAUCCAUCGUCGAUGAUGACCACGGCAACAACAACGAUGCGGACGAUCAAGAUCAAGGAUGUGGCCAAGAAGAAAUUUCCCUGCACAAAAUGCAACAGUGCUUUCAGUCGCAAGGGCGGUCUGACCUACCAUCAAAGAAAUGAGUGCGGCCAGGAGCCGCGAUUCAGCUGCCCAUAUUGUGUCUAUCGCGCUGGACACGUCUCGAAUGCGCGUCGACACGUAAAGAAAUGCCAUCCUGGUCAGCUUGUGUAUGCGAUCGAUCUGGGCAAGUUGCAGAAACGCGACCCUUGAGAUCAGGCAUCUAUCCGAAAAAUCGGUGUCAUCCCCGAAGAACAACAAUUUGUGAAGAUCAAAAGAAUCGGAUGGCACCACGAAACACGACGCCGAACAUUGUGCGAAGAUGCUCCACUCGUCGAAGCGACGCAACUGGGAAGAAUGGUAGAAGAUCUUACUUCUUUUUAUUUUUGAUUCGGUAUUGUUCGCGAUUGUACGAAGAAUACCAUAAAAGCGUGAGGGUAGACUAUAUCAUAUGAACAAGGAUAUAUCUGGUUUUUUUUCCAGGGAUACAGGGCAUCUUCGACGUCCAUCCGACUAUUUUCAUUUCGCUUAGUCGACCUGAAGAGUUGAACUGCGAGGACGGAUCUGCGAGGAAGAUAGUUGUGGAUUGUGUGUAUUUCAUUUGUGUCUCGAUAAAAUUAUUUGUGACUGUCACUAUUUAAGG